GCGAGAAGUCAGCCAUUGCAGAAAAUAAUAAACAGAUGAUAACUUUUGCACAGCGCAAAUAACAUCGUUUAUUUGAUAGUUACAAUUAUUUUUCUGUAAUAAUUGACCAAUAUGUCAGAAGUAAGACAACGACAAACGGACGGAACAUCUGAAAUACAAAAUCAGAAUGAGCCUACCAAAGAAACUGGUGAUAACCCAGAAAGCACAAAGGAUGAAGAGGGCAUCACAGACCCUGAUAACAUGAUAGAUCUGAAUGCAGCUUCAAGUCUGCCACAGGACACAGGAAAAACAACCGACGUUCUUGACUCAGCACUAAAAGAUCUGACCCCCAGAUGGAGAAAUUGGAUAAUCCGAGGGAUAUUUUCAUGGGUGAUGAUUCUCGGCUUUGGCUUUAUAAUUUAUAUGGGGCCCUUAGCAUUAGUACUCUUGAUACUGAUGCUGCAAAUCAAAUGUUUCCACGAGAUCAUCACAAUCGGCUACCAAGUCUACAAAUCACAUGACCUUCCGUGGUUCCGUACCCUAAGUUGGUAUUUCCUGGUCACGUCAAAUUACUUUUUCUUCGGAGAAAGUAUGAUUGACUAUUUUGGAGUGCUGUUGUCAAGACCGCACUUCAUGCAGCCAUUUGUGACGUACCAUAGGUUCAUCUCAUUCUCGUUGUAUGUCGCAGGUUUUGUGGGCUUCGUGUUCAGUCUAGUCAAGAAACAUUACCUUCAGCAGUUCACAUUGUUUGGUUGGACCCAUGUAACAUUGUUAAUUGUUGUUACACAGUCGCAUCUCAUCAUGCAGAACAUAUUCGAAGGACUCAUCUGGUUCCUUGUUCCAGUUUCCAUGAUUAUUUGCAAUGAUAUUUGGGCGUACAUCUUUGGCUUUUUCUUUGGCAAAACACCACUCAUUAAACUCUCUCCGAAGAAAACAUGGGAAGGAUUUUUAGGAGGUGCUUUUGCAACAGUGAUAUUUGGCAUUGUGCUCUCCAACAUUUUAAUGAGAUGGGACUUCUUUGUUUGUCCGAUUGAAUAUUCUGAUGAACUCGGCACUUUAUCAAUGGAGUGCAUCAGAUCACACGCUUUUACAUCACAAGAAUACAAUUUAAAGUUUAUGAAAGUGCAGAUGUACCCAUUCACACUUCACACCAUUGCACUAUCAACAUUUGCAUCUAUAAUAGGACCAUUUGGAGGUUUUUUUGCAAGUGGUUUUAAAAGAGCGUUUAAAAUAAAAGAUUUUGGGGACCUGAUUCCAGGUCACGGAGGAAUGAUGGAUAGAUUUGACUGUCAACUUCUCAUGGGCUCAUUUGUCCAUGUUUAUUUCUCUAGCUUUAUAAGGCCAUACCUGCUGAGGGAUGUAUUUUGGUCAUUGACAACUGUGCAGGAUUUUGGUGACACCAUACCAGGUCAUGGUGGCCUAAUGGAUAGGUUUGACUGUCAAUUCCUCAUGGGUGCCUAUGUACAUGUAUAUUUUUACAGCUUUAUAAGGGUCGCAAAUCCCACAAAACUUUUACAAAACGUGCUAGCCAUGAAAGCUGAAGACCAGCUGGCAUUUUAUAAUCUUUUAAAACAAACAUUGACCUCUCAGGGCAUUGUGCAAGAACCCCCAGUGGAGCCUCCAAUGCAGUGAAUCUAAAUGGAGGAUUCGGGUGAAGUCUAAAAGUAGGAAUUCCUGUUCAGUAAAGACCUGGAAAGAAAGUAAAUCAAGAUUGGAAUUAUCAUCCUCCAAAGUGUUGAUUUUCUCUUCAACUGGCAAAUAAAAAUGAAUACUUUCAGUGUGACACAACAUUGAAUUUGACUCUACAUUGUAUAUGUCACUACACCUCACAUGUCACUACAUUGCAUAUUUUGUAAGUGUGGCACAGUGAACUAAUCUUAUGUCACAAUACACUUCUCUGUUCAGUAUAGUAUAUUUAAAGUUAUAAUCACCGAUGAUUGACCCCGUGGAUGAGAAAUUAAUCAAAGAGGAAUUUAUAAAAUUUAUUAAUAUCAAAGUAAAAUAUAAUACCCUUGGAGCAAUUGGAGAAUUCACAUUAACAUCAAGAAAAUAUAGUAAUGGAUGAAUACUACAAGAAAUGGAAAAAUAAAAGCUACAGCAUUAUUUUCCUCAAACAAGUACUUUGAUUUGCCAACCUCAGAGGAAAGCAUGGAGGAUGGAUUCCAUAGGGGAAUGACCAACUUAACUCUAUAUGGUCUAGUUUAGUGUUGUUAUUAUGUGAUAUUAGAAAGUUUUAAUGAUCGAUUUCCAAUAUUGAUCCAUGACAAAUCUGACCAAUACAAUUUGAAACUAAGUUCAAAUAAUUGUAGAUUUACUUUUAAGUUAUUUGAAUUUACCAGAAACUAUAAAUCACGGAAAUGAAGAAAUUUGAUACUAAUGAUUCAAUUUGAAACUUAUAUUUUGAUAUGCUCUGACAUUCAUUUGAUAAUACUCAUGAGUAAUAAAGGCCAGGGUUGUUGUAUUGUAGAGACUUUUAGUGGUAUAAAUAACUUUUGAAGGAGUUACUAUAAUCAUAAAUGUGUCACAAAUAAAAGAAUUCAACUUUGCAUGAUGUAAGGAUCAUUCAUUAAAUUUCGACAUAUGGGGUUACCUCAUUUUGCGGAUAAAAUUCCGACCAUGGGGCUAUUUAGACAUUGCCUUAUAAUUUCAAUUUUCGCCAUUUGAAAAUUUUGAAAAUAAAUGAAAAUCUCCAAUGGGUUAGAUCUUAAUCCAAGAUGGCAGACUUUCGGAAAUAUGAAUUUACAGCCGUGGCCCAAAAAAACCAUAGUCAAAGAAGCCCUAAAACGAAGUAACCCCAUACGCCUAAGUUUGAUGGAGUGUUUAUUAUGCAAUUAAUGUUCAAUUAAUUAUGUCUAGCUCGUGAUAUCCUUCAAUAUUUCUAUUUUUCUUCAAUAUUUAAAUUUUUGUAUAUGUGAGACACGGUCAAUAUUCUUAGCAUUGUCCCAGACAAUGAUAUUUAAUAUUGAUUUCUUUGAAAUUAAAGGUAAGAAAUACAUAUCAGUCUGACAAAAUAAUCUUUACCUCUUCCCCUCAAACUAAUUUGAUUAUGUCUACAUGCGUAUUCACCAAUAUAUUGGCUAUGUCUUUAUAUUCAGAGCAAUGUGACAUACACUUGGAACAUUAAUAUGACCUUUGAGGGAUAAUAUUUUUAUCAAUGAGUUGACAUCAUCUAUCCUUGAGUGAGCAUCUCUGUUUAUGGUGCUUCUAUUUAUUGUUUAAUUAAAGUGAUCCAACC